AUGGCGGAUGUUCCCAACGGUGGCAGAAUCGUGCCCAUUGUCUCGCCGGCCCGUCAGCAGCAGCUCUACGCCCUGCCCUCGCCUCCCGCUGAGCCCGCCGACGACCUCCCUCAAUCCCUGCCUCCCUCCACGCGUCCCAAACCCGACGACCCGGCAUGUCUGAAACUCCCGUGUCUCACCGAGUUAGGGCUCUAUGCUCUGCCCACCGAGGGUGACGGCAAUUGCCUGUACUACGCGCUCUCCGAUCAACUCUAUGGCGACUUCUCUCACGCCGACCCCAUUCGCAUCCGUCUCGCCGACCAUAUCGCCGCCAAUCGGGACUACUUCAUGAGCUUCAUAGCUGCCGUCGGUGGGGAGCGCCGGGCGCCUAGACGGGCUGCCGCGUCCGCCGCUCGGCAUGCUUGUCGCUCCUCUUCCUCCGCUAGUCCGGCGCCCGUCGCGGUCUCGGCCAAGGACAAGGAGCGCAGCUUUGAUUCCAAGGUCGCCGAGUCGCGGAAACGGGGUGUCUGGGGUGGAGCCGAAGAGAUCCAGGCGUUCUGCCAGUCGUUCAAGAAAGACGUCAAUGUCUACACUAUGUAUGGCAUCCAGAAUUUCCGUGAUGUCCAUGCCCCCGACGAGGAAGAACGAGAGACCGUCCAUAUUGCUUUUCACGACUUUCACCAUUAUUCUUCCGUACGGCAUACGCAUGGCCCCCACGACGGCUUGCCACAAAUCCCCAAAUACGAUAAAGCUCUCGAAAAAGAGGCUUCUGCUGCCCCGAGCACGGUCGUAGACCUGGCCAGUCCGUGGAAGAUCUCGGCGAUCCAGGAGGGCCUCGGCGGCAAGUAUGACCGAGACGCCAUCGUGGAAAUGCUUCAACAAUGUCGAGGCAACAUUGACCGAGCCUUCACCAAUCUACUGGGUGAGGGUACGACCACGCAGCAGCCCGCAGAGUCGACCUCUCGGGCGAUCAUGAAGUCACGUCUCCAGCCAUCUUCCUCGUCCCGGUCCUCGUCGCCCUUCAGCACGGGGAGUAAACGCUCCGCCGAUGACAGCGACUCGGAGGAGAAUCCCCGCCCGGCCGUUCGGCGCAGUCGAGCCCGUGAGCAAAAGAGACGGAUUCUCCCGGACGUCACGGUGGGGAUCGCCUUCCGGGACGAUCAAAACGAUCUGGUUUCUCUUCGACUGCGAGUCAGCCCGGAUGCGGUCGCGGAGAAGACGAUCACCAAGCAGAAUGUAGACGGAGAGAACUCGACGGAGGCUGAACCCGAAAAACCACAGCCCGUCAUCAAAGACAAGAAACCCAAGGCUAAACCUAAGGCUGUUGUCGGAAGUGGGAUCUCCAGUCAGCCGAGUGAAUCGAGUGAAGAUCGAAAACCACGACGCAGCCAACGCAUCUCGCGCAGCCGCAACCCUCCCCCAGCGGCUUAA